AAUAAUGUAUGAAGACUAAGGAUACACAAGUAUUUUAUUUUUAACUCUCCUAGCGAAUCCACUGUUAUAUACCACCUAGUCAUUUGAAAUUUGACUAGUCUACACGUGCAUCUCUGUAGGAUAAAAGCAUGAAGGAAUGAAAUCGCGUAUUAAUAAAUACAAUAUUGCCUUUCAGGCAUAACUUGAAAGACUUUGUAUACUAACUUAUGCAUCUAUGGACCAAAGAAAAGAUGUAUACGAUUACCAGUCUAAAUGUUCCAUUGAUAUAAGCGAUUUAAUUAAGUUUGCUGGAAAUGAAAAGAAAAAGGUGGCUCGGAGAAGGUGGGCAAUUCUUGCAAAGGCAUUGAAGAGCCCCACCGGAAGUGAGCCUUCUAGCCCCACGGACGAAUACUCUGUAAGGCGAAUUUCUUCCUUCAUGCUUCUUCAAACGCAACAGCUUCCCUCCAUGUCCGUCAUAUCUACAGACGUACGCCUACUAGAUCAAUUCAAAAAGCGCACAUGGUAUAGCUACUCAAUGCAGAUAGACGACGAGCGCUUUUCAGUCAACGUAGGUCACAGAAACCGCACUUUCUCCGCAGAAGACCUGAUGGGUUUCAACAACACGGGAAACAUCUGCAUAUGGCCUUCAGAAGAAACUUUGAGUUAUUAUGUAUGUAAUAAUCUGGAUAUAUUUAAUGAUAAAAAGGUGCUAGAGCUUGGUGGAGGCAUGUCCUGCCUUGCCGGGCUCUAUGUAGCUAAAUACGGCCGACCAAAAUCUGUAACGUUAACCGACGGAAAUAAAAUUUCCAUAGAGAAUGUUCAAGUAACCCUAGAAUGUAACAAAUUCGAUUGUCCAGUAGAUAGCAAGGUUUUUAAAUGGAACGAUGAUUCUUUUACCGAAUGGUACGAUGUUAUUAUAUGCGCCGAUUGCCUGUUCUUUGAUGACGCUAGAAACGAUUUGAUUGAUUGCCUAUGGAGGACGUUAUCGUCUGAUGGUUUGGCUCUGGUCAUGGCACCAGAGAGGGGAAAUACUUUGGACUGUUUUAUGGAGCAGUCUCAGAAAAUAGGAUUCUCGUGCAGAAAAAUUGUCAACUACAAUGAGGUUGUUUGGUCCAAACGUUUAGCAUUAUUAGAUAACGUCGAAUUUAACGAUAAUAUUCAUUACCCUAUUUUGAUAGAAGUGACCAAAAGUUAAGUGACCUUAGAAUUUUGGAAAAUGCAACAUAGACCUUUGAAGAAACCUCAUGCGAGAAGAAGAUAUCUCAUGAAACAUUAGCUGUCGCAGGGGAGCACAAAAAAUUGUCAUGUUCUUUUGAAUAUUUGGUAGUUAUCAAAUGUUAAUAAUUAAUUAUUUUACAAAAAAUUAAAAUAGUGAUAAUACUUAUAAAAUUAGCCAACCAACAAUCUUAUUUUUGAGAAUAUGUAUUACCAAAAAGGAGACAAAAAUAAUUUGAAUAACUGAAGCUCAAUGAUAUUGCCUAAAAAUAUGAAAUAUGUUAGCUUAAUAGCUUAGCUAUUUAGGUUGUUUCUUAGGUUCUCAUUUUGCAUUUUCCUCUUUAUAUAUCAUUAUAUUCCUUGAAUCUAGUCUGAUUGUACCUUAUCUGUGAUAAUAAUAAUACCAAUUUCCUCAACUUAAAGAAUUAAUAGCUUACUUUCGCCACAAAGGUAAGCUAUUGGUUACUAAUCAGAUGUAAAUAGUUAUUUUUGUCAAUAUAAACUUUAUUUU